AUGGAGCCACGAGAACACCGCAGUAUCACACCAGAGCAGCAACUGCAGAUCAUUAAGACAAUCCUCACACUCCGCUCUCUCGGCGAUGCAGAAGCAAGUGAGAAGUUGCGUGCCCGUGUGCGCCGCUCUCUUCUGCAGUCUGAGAGUGAUGAGGAGGCGAUUGCGUCAGCCGAACAAUUACUGCGCCGCUACACAAAAGCCGUGAAGAAACUCGACGGCUCGUACGAGAGAGAGCGUGAGUUAAAACGACGUCGAAGUGAGAUGUUGGCGAUGCGGGCGUCAAAGUUUGUGGAUGAUCAGGCGGAAAGCGGUGAUGAUAGUGAGGAGAACAAUGAGGAUGAAAGUGAGAAUAAUGAUGAGAAGUGA